CGAGGUCGCUCUGUGGGGCCAGCGCCCGAGAGGGCUGCCUGCCCGCCGGACGGCGAGCGGGACAUGAAGAAGGCACAGGCGCUGUUCGCGAGCCUGAUAGCACCUGCGGCAGAUGCUCCUACGCCCUCACGGCGGUCCCGUGGGCAGUCGCAGGGCCGGCGGCGUCGCCGCUCCGCGCCAGACCCCGACCGGGUCGUCCCCGUCAACUCCGCGCCGAAGGCCCCGCUCACGGCGCGCGGCUGGGCUGCCGGGGCGCCGAAGGGCCAGGUCCCUGGCGGCGAGCGCCCGCGAGAGCGGCCGCGGGAGCCGCCGGCGGGAGCCGAGCGGUCUCCCCGCGAGGCCACGCCGCUGCGGGCGCUGAACGGCAGCUUGCCGCAGUUUCCGGGCGUGUCCAGGCGGGACGCCAGCCAGCCGCCGCCGCGGUGAGCGGCGACCCGCACAACCGGCGCCCCGUCCCAGGCCUGCAACGAGCCCUGCCGCCGCUGGCCGCUCGUCGCGUGCCGCUUCCCCCCGCUCCCUGCGUGCUCCGAGUGCAGGUCACCACGUUCGGUGCCCGAGGCCGCCUACGCUUCCCCCACUCGCCGGUCGGGCCCUGCCUGGUUCCUCGCUUGGGCUCCAAAAUCUCACCCCUGAGCACCCUCACCCCUGUGAGGGUGGCACUGCAGGGGCAGCCGCCCCAGUCCCCUCCAGGACCCCUCUCUUUCCGCCAGGGUGCGCCGCAGGCGCGCCCUCCGCUUUCCCCGUGACGACCAGGGGGCCCCGGCCAGCCGGCGCCCCCCGCCGCCACUGCACCGGUCGGCCGUCGGCCCGCGCACUUGUGGGAGGUUCCAGCUGUCCGCCGGCGCCAGCUCCGGCCAGGGCCGAUCAUGGGUCCAGUCGGCUAGACGUGAGAGUGACCUUUCGUCACCUGUUGCCUUGAGUCAUUCUUGCAUGUAACCGAUCCAGGAGGGGACACUUCCUGUGUCCCCUGGCGAUAACGGGCU